AUGUAGAUUGAUAUGUGUGUCCAGUAUUCUCUACAGUUCAGUGCAGUACUCUCUCGUUUAAACACGUUCUGUGACGUAUUUGCGCAGGAACUGCACAUUUUCCGGAGCUGCUCUAUAAAAGAGAUCUCAAUCGAUCAAUUCCUUCCUUCAGACCCUUCCCUCUCCCUACUCUAUACAUACACACACAUAUAACCAGCAAUGGCCCGUCAACGUUCUCGCGCUGCCCCUGCCCAGCAGACCCGCAAAGCCUCCACGAUGCCCACUCGCCAGGCUCCUCCUCCACCCGCCCCCACCCGCGCUCCUCCUCAGCAGAUGACUGCUCCUCCUCCACAGCCCUCGGCCAUGGCCCACCCGGCCCCUCAGCAGCCCGGUAUGUUUGCCCAGAUGGCUUCAACUGCUGCCGGUGUUGCCGUCGGUUCCGCUGUCGGACACACCAUCGGCGCCGGACUUACCUCCAUGUUCAGUGGAUCCGGUUCCUCUGAGUCUGCCCCCGAGCCUCAGCAGCAGCAGCAAUCUGCCCCUCAAUACCAGAGCUACCAGCAGCCCAUGUACCAGAACGCUGCUGUCCCUGCCUCGGCCAGCUCGUGCGAGACAGAUGCUAAGGCCUUCACAAAGUGCCUCGAGGCAAAUGGCAACGAUAUGUCCGCCUGCCAAUGGUACUUGGAGCAGCUUAAGGCCUGCCAGUCCAUGUCUGCUCAAUAUUAA